AUGGUAUCCCCGGCUGAAACCACCCCCACUUGCCAGGGCUGGAAUAGCAGCUUUAUUUUUACCAACGAAGAACGCAUGGUGGUGGAAAGAGGACCAUUCAGUGUAAAGUCGGUUGUACUCGAUGGUGCUUUUGAUUAUGCGGCCAUUACAGUGUUCUGUGACUUGAAUAGUAUUCCACCGGAUUUGCUUUUCAAGGUUGUAUGGAGCAUCAUCGUUGGGUUUUAUGCAGGCACCAACGAUGUGUGCUUCCAGGUAGAGCUUUUAACGGCGAGAACUGCAUUACGGUGCCGGUUAGAUGCAGCCAAGUCGAUCAAGAGCCUUGCAGAGUCUUUAGAGGAAGUGGUACAUGAUGAAGCUUCUGCAGCACCGUCAGACAAGACUUUAUCAAACGGCAUCUUUGACACAAGUCUGCGAAUAUCAAGACAAGAUGGACCCUCUCAGACAAGCAGUAUCAAACCAGAGGCAGCAACCUCAAAUAGUACUCAAGGCAUUCUACUUUCCGCACACGUAGACGUCAAUAAAGCGACCUUUGCUGUCGACUACCCAGAAACGAUCUGGACAGAGCAGCAGGCAACAAGAACAAUCAAAUUAUUUUCACACAUACUUGCAGAGAUUCUGGCGAAUUCAACAUUGCCGCUCAAAGACCUCGGCUUGCUGCCCCCCGACGACUUGGUCGAAAUCAACUGUUGGAACGCCAAUCAACUGGAGCACUCCCAGGUUUCCAUUCAUCAAGCGGUGGCGGACCAGACUGCCAUAUCACCAGACAGUCAGGCAAUAUACGGCUGGGACGGAAGCCUUACAUACCGCGAACUCGACACACUAUCUUCGCGGCUGGCAUGGAAACUGCGCAAGCUCGGCGUGGAACCGGCAUCGACCGUAACGUUCCUGUUCCCCAAAUCAAAGUGGACAAUCGUCGCUCUGUUGGCAAUUCUCAAGGCAGGCGGGGUGGCUGUGGCUUUCAGUUCGGAAUAUCCCGUCGAGAGGAUGAGGCACAUUGCUGAAAUGUCCAAUGCAAAGUUGCUUCUUGUCGGCAAGGGCUUGGAGGACGUGUUUGAGCUCCCCGGAGUAACCAAGUUCACUGUCGACGACCAGUCUCUUCUCUCGCUGAAGGACACCGCAGACGAAGCAGCCCACUGUUCCUUGCCGGAAAUGAAACCCAGUGACGCAGCUUACAUUCAAUUCACCUCGGGAAGCACCGGCCAGCCAAAGGGUAUUGUAAUUGAACACGGCAGUUUCUUGGCGAAUGCCCUGGCUCAUCUGGGCCCCAUUCAGCUCAACAACAACUCGCGGACGCUGGAAUUUGCAGCACACACCUUUGAUGCGUUUCUCACAGAAGUUCUGAUGACACUGCUGGCCGGCGGUUGUAUUUGCAUCCCUUCGGAGGAGGCCCGUGUGAACGACUUGACCAGUGUGAUCAACGAGCUCAGUGUCAAUUGGAUUGGAAUGACGCCUACUCUCGCAAGGGUGCUGAGCCCUGCAGAUGUUCCUGGCCUAAAGACUGUAUGCCUAUGGGGCGAAAUGGCACCUCGUGAACUAAUCGCGACAUGGGCCGAUUCGGUCGAGCUGAUCAACUGCUACGGCCCUUCAGAGAACUCGGUUGGCGCUACGAUACAUUCAUUUUCGUCUGGUAGUCGAAACCCCUCAUGCAUCGGAAGAGCUGUAAAAAAUGCCAACGCGUGGAUUGUGCGGGUGGACAACAGAAACAAACUGGCGCCAAUAGGGGCAGUUGGUGAACUUGUGCUUCAAGGACCAACUGUUGCGAGGGGAUAUCUUUCAGACCCUUCACGAACCAAUGACAAAUUCGUGACAAGCGUGCCCUGGCUAGAUUCCAAGGACUCCUCUCCAAGUCAGCGGGGCUAUUUCACUGGUGAUCUGGUGAGAUACACGUCUGAUGGACAAAUGGAAUUCUGUGGACGUCGCGACACAGCAGUCAAGAUCCGCGGACAACGCGUGGAGCUGGGAGAAAUUGAGCAUCACAUCAUCCACAGUGAUCAAGGAUACGCAGCAUCAUCCGUCAUGGUUAUUGGCACACCUCACAUGUCAACGGAAACACUCGUGGCCUUCAUUAGUGAGACGGGGGCAAAUUCGGAACCGGCAAGCAAACCUGGCUCUAUUCUCCAGAGCAGCUCGUCACAAGUACGCAGCCGAGCCGCUCUUCUCGAAAGCCAUCUCUCCAAUGUUCUGACUCGUGCGGCAGUUCCCAUGCUAUACUUGCCGCUGCAUUGGAUACCUUCGCUCCCUUCUGGGAAAGUAGAUCGCCAGAGGCUGUUGGCUCUGGUUGCAAGCUUGACGGAUACUGAACUGGCGGAAUAUUCAGCUCAUUCAAACUCAAUCAAGGAGGCACCCCGUGGAGAGAUGGAAAGCCUCUUUGCUCAACUAUGGAACGAGAUCCUGGGUGUUGAUGCCCACGUUGUUAGUCGCAACGACAACUUCUUCUACCUGGGCGGCAACUCCAUCCUCGCUAUGCGGUUGACGGUUGCGGCUCGCAAGAGGAACAUUUCCAUUUCGGUGGAUCAAGUGCUGAAGAAUCCCCGCCUAGCAGAUAUUGCGUCUCUCGCUUCGAGUAUCAAGUUGGACAGCCCAGAGACAUCAGGGUCUGGCUACCUCCCGCUUUCAACCUUGUCCAAAGUCCUUGCAGAAGACUUUGUCAAUGAUGUAGUAGCGUCGAAACUUUCUGUUUCAGCCACUGACAUUGAGGAUGUCGGGCUGGCGACUGACUACCAGAUUGAAAAUUUGGCAUGGUCUUCGCUGAAAAAGCGAGGAGGCACAAACUAUGUCACGUUGGAUUUCUCCGACAGCCUUGAUCCGCAAAGGCUACACCAAGCAUGCGAGCGGCUUGUAGCUCAUCAUGCCAUUCUCCGCACUGUAUAUCUGGUUCACAGGCGACGCGUCUAUCAGGUAGCCCUCAAGCAGUUGCCUUUCGAUAUCAUCCACAGCAACGCUCAGGAUGUAGUGGAGGCGACAUCUACCAUCAUGGAUGCUGAUCUACGCCAGCCACUAGACAUAGGCAAAGCUCUGAUUAAAUUUUGGUUCAUCAUUGUUGAUGGCAAUGUCAAACGACUUGUACUACGUGCUUCGCAUUUACAAUACGACGGCGUGGCACUGAUCAGGUGGUGCAAGGAGCUCAACUUGGCCUACGCUGCACAGGAGCUGGGACCGACUCCGUCCUUUGCCGAAUAUUCUUAUUAUGCCGCAAACCACGACCCCGAGGGAGCUCGCAACUUUUGGACAAGGCUGCUUGCCGGGUCGUCAAUGACAAGAGUCUUUAACCACAAAGAGAUUCCUUGGAAGAACGUUCUCGACGGACAGGUUGACGGCAUGAUUGACUCCAGCCUCCUUCAAUGUAGCCCUGAUAUAACCGUCGGUACUGUCAUCAAGGCUGCCUGGGCUCUUGUAUUAGCCGAGAUGGCGAGAACAAGCGACGUCGUCUUCGGUUCAGUCGUUUGGGGUCGCAAUGCAGCUUUCCCUGGUGUUGAAGACGUCAGCGGUGCCUGCAUCGACAACAUUCCUGUGCGAGUGCGGAUAACCAAGGACAUGUCUCGACUGUCCCUGCUGCAGCAGGUUCAAGAGCAGUAUUUCGAGGCCAUCAACUUUGAAUCAUUCCAGUUCAAGCGGAUAGUCCAAGAGUGCACAGACUGGAAGCCUUGGGAACGUCUCAGUACGCUAGUCGAAUACGAAAACUUGGGUCAAGACACGUCGCGAUUCCCCAUUGAUGGCAACAAGCAUUUUACGGUGGAUGAAAUUCGGCCUCCAGCCGACCGCCAUGAUAUCACCAUCUAUAGUAUGCCCCUAGAGGAUAAGACCUUUAUUGCUCUAGACUUUUGCAAGGCAAUCGUUGACGAGUCCCUGGCGCAAGUCAUGUUCGAUCGCUUACUAGCCCAGAUAAAAGAGUUCAAGCAAGAUAUCAAUGGCAUUGUGGAACUGAAGAGUUCCGUUGCUCCUAUACCGAUCUCUCAAGGAGUCUCGGAUAGCGUAGACAACUUGGAGAGCUGCAGGACAAACGGUGCAGGGGACGCCAACAGCAGGAUUGGCACAAGCACAGAGCUCAGAUGGCUCAGACGAAUAGUUGAGAAUGCAUGGACUUCUAUCUUGUCAAGUCGGGAGGAGCAACUGUCUCAAUACUGGGCAACGAAGAAGCCAUUCUUUGAAGUCUGGGGGAACCUCAUUGCAGCCACUGGCCUGAGUAAGUGGUAUACAGCCGAGGGGUUCAAUAUCAGCAUGGAAGAUGUAUUGGAGAAUCCAGACAUGGCAAGUCAGGUGGAACUGCUGCGUUUAGCCGGGAAUGGGUAUGGCGUUUAG